AGGUUCUUGCUUCAGUACCGAAUGUUUUCCAGCGCGACACUGUUGCUGCGCGAACGUUGGAGAGCUGGCUGAAAAAUUUUCAUUCGCAUGGAGUUCUCUCUCUGCUGACUUUGAUAUUUUUGUGAUAUUGUUACAUACUUAUUCUUUAAUAUUGUAUUUUAUUUCCCACAAGACUACGACUGUGCGAAUUAUCUGCUUUACCUACUGUUCAGAGUUUGAAUCAUCUGCAACCGCAUGCCUGGAAUCGUGCGUUAGCAACUCGCUUGGAAAAUCAUCGACUAAGGCAAAGUAAAGUGGUUUGUUUGUUCUUAUUAGCCUCUUCUAUGCUGUGAUGGGGCAACUGGCUCUCUGGCUCCCCUCCAUAGAUGCCUUAAAGGCAUUUUACAGCCACUGAGCCACCACAAUACCUUCCCUGAGGGGGUGAAUCUCCUGCUGUCUGGUUCUGCUGUUCCAACAUGACCUCAGGCUACUGAAGACAUCCCUGUUAUUCCUCCUGCUCUCUCUGUAUCACUCCUAGUACUUUAUUCUCCAAUGGGUUCCCGCAGUCAAGGUGGCUUUUUCCACCAUCACCACCACCACAGCUCGGUGGUGCCCACAGCCGUGCCCAGGCUUCUCACAGAGAACGGCAGUCUGCUAGGGGGCAUUGCCCAGAUCACCCCUAACCUCUUCCUGAGCCGGGGAAACGUGGCGUCCAACCGAAGCCUGUUGCUGUCCAAGGGCAUCACCUGCGUGGUCAAUGCCACUAUUGAGCUGCCCAACUUCAACUGGCCCCACGUGGAGUAUGUAAAGGUACCCCUGGCGGACAUGCCCCACUCCCCCCUCUCCCUGUACUUCGACAGCAUAGCUGAUAAGAUCCACAGUGUUGGGAGAAAGCGGGGAGCCGUGCUGGUGCACUGUGCUGCAGGGGUGAGCCGCUCAGCCUCCCUGUGCCUGGCCUACCUGAUGAAGUACCACCGUGUGUCUCUGGCUGAGGCCCACGCUUGGGUCAAGGCCCGCCGGCCAGUCAUCCGGCCCAACGGGGGCUUCUGGCGUCAGCUCAUCGACUACGAAAGGAAGCUGUUUGGCAGGAACUCUGUGAAAAUGGUGCAGACGCCCUACGGGGUGAUACCUGACGUCUAUGAGCGGGAGCGCAGGAAUCUGGCACCCUACUGGGGCCUGUAGAGGAGGUCUGGGGCCUCGCCAAGGGGGGAGGGAAGGCGACGGAGAAGAGAGUCCUCCAGGGCUGCCGGUUCAUGCAUGUUCCCCCAGCAAGAGAUGCAGAGUGAGAUGAAGCGUGUGACUGUCUGUCUUUGUGAAGCUUAAUUAAUGAAUGCAUUGGGAUGUAGGGAGUCUUAGUAAUCAGUCACUACACUGCAGACUGGUUACUGGUGGGUGAUGCUACACUACACUGCAUCAACCCCCGUCUGUCUGUCUCUGAGAGGAAGCAAGGCCUCCUCAAGUCUGGAAUCCUCAGGACCAAAGGAGUAACAGAACCAUGACCAAGCCAGACCCCAGAUCAGCUGACAUGGCCAGACCCAGACUGUGACUUUAGAGUCUAGCUUAAUGCCCCAGACUCUGGGAAGGUGUAGGCGGUGCUUUAGACUCAGCCAUUUUGACAGGCAGCGGUGUGACUCACUCAAGUCCUUCCCCGACGUAACGUCAUGUGAUGGUAUUGUGCCAGUUUUGCUGUUGUCUUUAAUGUGAGAACUAGCAGCAGUCCUGCUCUGUUUUGUUUGACAAAUUGAAUUAUGUUCUUGAGAGAGAACUGAAAUCAAGAAAAGAUAUGGUGCACAAUGAAUAUUUAAAGCUGUUAGUGUAUACACAUUUUAAUCAUGACAACAUCUAAGGCUGUUAGUGUAUACACUUAAAAGUCCCUACUUACUAUGGGGAUGAUUGUGCAGAAUAUACUGUAUUGGUACUAAUAUUGUACAAUAUUAUGCUAUUUUAGAAUGUCACCACCCUCUGUUAAUAGGAAGACAGUACUGUGUUAGGGGCUUGGGAGAAUCACAGUUUCUAUUUCCCUAUUUUUGCCUCAUAUUGAUGUUUAAGUGAAAUGAGGUCCAAGGAAGAACACAACCAGACAGUCCUGUGCUUAACUGGUGUACUGUCAUUGAUAAACCUUCCUAAGAAUGCUAUACCUUACACACGAAAAGCUUUUAAAUAAAAUGUUAACAUUACUGUAGCAAGUGAACAAUGCCCUUGUCAAAGGUGUAAGCAGAAAGCCAAGCUUACAUGAAUUUAGUGCUCUAUUCAAUCUAUCGCUGAAGCGUUACAGAUUGUGCAAUAGAAAUGUAAAGGUAAUUCCCGACUGAGCCAGAUUUGUAUCACGCUGUAACGCUAAACUUGACAUGGAUUGAAUAGAGCCCUUAGGUUAUGAAACUAAGGCAAUGAAUGAUUAACAAGCUCAUGUAACGGGUUAGCUCAUGCAACUGUUUGUGUUUGAAAUGAAUAAUAAACGAAAUGACUGAUAUGCA